GACUACUUUUCGACAUGAAGCCUCUAACCAUACACGAUGUCAAUAUUCCAGACCGACUGCUCGUUACCCGCAGAAGGUACACGCUUUGUUGAAAGUCCUGAUGUACGAGGCACCCUCGAUAUUCUCUGGAGCUGUCUGAGUGUCUUACUUCUAUGCACUUGGUCCAUCCAACACCUGCCGAUCCCACAUCAAUGUCAGCCUCGAAGUGUGCGUCAGCAACUUAACAACUUCUUCGUCCAGCUAGGGAUCAAGCUGCGGUGGAUGCUUGUUACUCUGAUCGCUCCAGAAUUACUGUGUGGUGUAGCUGCGGAGGAGUGGUUGACUGCCUGUAAGGCCGCCAGGACCAUCUCUGGAGGAGCGACAAACGAUAAAGUGGACUGGACAUCCAGCCAUGGCUUCUUUGCGCAGAUGGGCGGUUUCAGGCUUCGUUUUUGCAAUCUUGAAGCCCAAGAGCCACGAGGGAUAUCUGAUACCAACGAUGAGACGGCACUGGAGAAAUAUCAAAUUGCUGCACCCUCCCAGGAACCGCUGCUUAAUCAGCUCAGCUUCCCGCACGCCAAUAGCUGGAGCCGCGAAUCAUCCACCAACGGAUCCCAGCGGGAUCUGCUCCCAAUAUCCAUAAGCAUUGCAGUCCAGAAGAAGAGUUUCAAAUCGAUAUCCUGGGACCUUGAUAUCAUGUCCAAACGACAUGCUAAGUUGUCGGCCUCAUUUGGAGACUCUGACUGGAGUCCUGAUGCCACAAACGGAGCAAUCAUUGAGCAAAUGAUGCAACAACACCAGAGCGACCCCAAGGCUAGAAACGUUGCGCUGACCGCUAUGAGGAUGACAACCGAUGUAUGGACCAUGAGUCUUGACCAGAUCCGGCUCGCACAAAAACACGGCAUCAUCGAAUCGUUGCCCAGCAUGAGCAAAGAAGAUCUGAACGCUAUUAGCAACAGUGACGGUCUCGCCAAAGCACUGGCGGUCUGUCAAGUUCUCUGGCUCAUCAUUCAGAUGAUCUCGCGCGCGGCAUCCUCUCUCGCUGUCUGCCAGCUCGAGGUAGCAACAGGCGCCUUCGCGAUUACCACCUUUCUGACCUACAUGUUUCUGUGGCAGAAGCCGCAGGGUGUCACAAGGCCGAUAUAUUUGGAAGCAGCAAGAAGACCUACUGUCGCAGAAGCUUGGGAGCUGGCUCAAUGUGGGCUUGAGGAGACGAGCUCACUACUUUACCGCGCGAGAAGCUGGCGACAGUCUCGCGCGCACUUGAAGGCUAGAGCCUUUUCAAACACCAUCAUGCUAGCUUGUGCUACCGCCCUUGGAGCAGUCCAUUGUGCUGCGUGGGACUUUGAAUUUCCAGGACGGGUAGAGAUGUGGGCGUGGAGAGGUUGCGCGCUUGGGUCGACGAUACUGCCGCUCUUCUUGCUGGCAUGGCAUGAGUUGUACCUACGCUUCGCCUUCACGAAACAUAUCGUGUUUUCAAUCGUCAUCUUGGUCGGAUUUGUGCUUUAUGGAUUCACCAGACUGUUCAUCAUGAUAGAGAUGUUUCGAUGCUUGUUCUAUCUUCCCGUUGACGCGUUCAUCACGACGUGGACAAUCAAUUUGCCGGGCAUAUCAUGAGGUCAUGUAGGAAUAUGUAAGCUUUCUGUACCAUUAUCGACACAAAUCAAUGGAUUGAGCACAACCUGAUACAAAUGUCUCGAGUCUCGAUGUGAGGUUCGGUAGGUUUCGAUGCAGCCAAAAG